UUCCCCUAAACCCUAACGGACGCGGCUAGCAGGGCUCUCACUCUCUCACUCAAUCCCUUACGAUUCAUCGCCAUCGCCAUCGCCAAUCCUAGCUCUCUGGGCACUUCUCGGGGCACGCUAUUGUGUUUCUCGGGCCACUACAGCCUCCUUUGCGAUCAGUGCUGCAGCCUUCGGUGGUAUUUUUUAUUUUGAUCGACACUUCCACGUCUAACUUUUCUCAGGACUUGGAACUUGUUAGUGAGACCAGGGGAAGGAGCGUGACGACGUCGCCAUGUCGGACGACGAGAUGAAGGAGGAGAAGGAGCUCGAUCUGACUUCUCCCGAUGUGGUCACCAAGUACAAAUGCGCCGCUGAGGUUGCCAACAAGGCUUUGCAAGCAGUCCUGGCAGCAUGUGCGCCAGGAUUCAAGAUUGUCGACCUGUGCGAGAAGGGCGACAGCGUGAUUCGCGAUCUAACAGCAGGUAUGUACAAGAACUUUAAAAAGAAAAUUGACAGAGGAGUUGCAUUUCCCACUUGCGUAUCUGUGAACAACACUGUAUGUCACUUCUCUCCUUUGGCUGGAGACGAGUCCACUCUCGCGGCAAACGAUCUAGUCAAAAUACAUCUCGGUUGCCACGUCGAUGGAUUCGUAGCUGUUGUUGCACAUACCCAUGUGCUUUGUGAAGGACCCAUUACAGGUCGUGCAGCAGACGUCCUGGCUGCUGCCCAUACAGCUGCAGAGGUUGCACUUCGUCUAGUGAGGCCUGGAAAGAAGAACAAAGACGUAACGGAAGCCAUUCAGAAGGUGGCUGCUGCAUACGACUGUAAGAUUGCUGAGGGUGUGUUGAGUCAUCAAAUGAAACAGUUUGUGAUCGAUGCGAAUAAAGUGAUUUUGAGUGCUGGUAAUGCGGAGACACGCGUAGAUGAUGCUGAAUUUGAGGAAAACGAAGUUUACGCAAUUGAUAUUGUAACAAGCACUGGUGAAGGAAAGCCAAAGCUGCUGGACGAGAAGCAGACCACGGUGUACAAGAGGGCUGUGGACAAGAAUUACCAUCUCAAGAUGAAGGCGUCAAGAUUCAUUUUUAGUGAAAUAAACACAAAGUUUCCAAUCAUGCCUUUCACAGCCAGAGCUUUGGAGGAGAAGCGAGCACGUCUUGGUCUUGUGGAGUGUGUGAAUCAUGAGCUACUUCAGCCGUACCCUGUCCUUCAUGAGAAACCUGGUGACUUUGUAGCCCACAUUCAGUUCACAGUAUUGCUCAUGCCUAAUGGCUCCGACAAAAUUACUGGACUUCCACUUCAGGCAUUAGAACCUACCAAGGUUCCGGAAGACCCUGAAAUCAAGGCCUGGUUAGCGUUGGGUACCAAGUCCAAGAAAAAGGGCGGUGGCAAGAAGAAGAAAGGUAAGAAAGGUGAUGCCAUGAUUGAGGAUACUCCUGAGGCUACUGCUGAGCCAGUCGCGGAAGGCGCCAGUGCCUAGAUCGCGGCGAAGAUAGACACGCCCUCUUAGUGCAGAGUAAAGUGAGCGAACGAGAGUUACACCAGGUGCUCUUAGUUUUGCACCAUUUCAGUUUUGCAUGCGACUUUAGCAGUAAUAUUAUUGGGUAACAAGAGAACAUUGAAUAUGUUUACUCAGCAAUGCCGUUGCUUGCUCAAUUUUCUCUCUCAAUUCUCUCACA